AUGGCCGGCGCACUCGCUGCUUCCAUCUACCAGACCCUGAUCCGCCGAAAUGCUGUCUACCUGACUGCUAUCUUUGCCGGUGCCUUCGUCUUUGAAGUUGCCUUUGAUACCUCCACCAACAAGCUUUGGGAUACCUGGAACCGCGGCCGCCAAUGGAAGGACAUCAAGUACCAGUACAUCAACAAGGCCGAGGAGGAGGAUGAUGAGUAA